AGUAAAAGGGUACUUUUUCGGAAUGGAAACUACUCAAAGAGAGGAGCUUUCGAGCUUCUUAAGUGUUCUUCCUCCUGUGGAUUUCUGUUGUGUUUAUGGUUCCACAUUGCAUCCAAAUAACCAAGAUAAGUCUAAAAUGGUGGAUUAUAUCUUUGGAGUCUCUGAUCCUAUGCAAUGGCACUCUCAGAAUCUGAAAAUGAAUUCAGAUCACUAUGCUUCGUGGAUGGUUCACCUUGGUGGAGCCAGGCUGAUUACGAAUGUUGCCGAUAAAGUAGGAGUUGGAGUUCACUUCAAUCCGUUUGUCAAUUGGAACGACAGGAAGCUUAAGUAUGGGGUUGUUCGGAUGCAUGACCUAGUACAGGACAUACUAGACUGGAAUAGAUUCUAUUUGAGUGGCCGUUUACAGAAACCGGUUCAUAUGCUUGUUGAUAAUCUGGACAUAGAGGAUGUGAAUUCUGUUAAUAAGAGAGCUGCAAUAUCUGCAGCUCUUCUUCUCUUACCAUCAAAAUUCACCGAGGAAGAUCUAUACGCCAAAAUAUGCAGCCUUUCUUACAUGGGAGACCUGCGCAUGUUUUUUGCAGAGGACACUAAUAAGGUGAACAAGAUUGUGAAGGGACAAUUUGAUCUUUUCCAGUCAAUGUAUAAGCCUUUUCUUGAAGAGUGCGAGACCAAAAACUUAUUGAGAUUCUCAUCGGCUGAAGCUAGUCACACUAAGUUAGUUCAGGAUUCUAGUCUGUCAGCAACACGUUCUCUGGUCUCUUCUCUUCCCGCAUCAGUGAGAAGCCAAAUGGGAAAGUCACUCGGGGAGAAGAAAUUCGUGAGUGAGACAGGUAGAGUUAUGAGAGAAGUUUGUAUUGGUUCGAGAGAAGAAGCAGCGAAAUGUAUGGGGAAUGUAAUGAAACGAAGGGUAAUGGUUUCAAGCGCAAGACAAGCUGUGUCUGGUUUCUUGGCUGCUGGAGCUAUCAAUGCAACAAUGUAUCUUUCCCAAAAAAUGCGUAAAGCUUGGAACUCUCGUGCAUGACUUUGCAAAAACUCCCCACGAAGGUUUAGAGAAACAAGUGGAGGAAAGUUUAGAUCUUGUCUCCUAUAGUUGAUCAUUCUUUUUUGUUAAUCCCAAGGGGUUUUGUCUUCCGAUGUCAUAGAUGAUAAUAGAACAAUAGCAAUAAG